CAGAACAGCUUGCACUAUCUCAUAUAUUUGUCAUAUUACAAACGCGGUAUUCUGCAUGCAGGUAAAUGAAAAAUGAGAUUUAGUGCUCUAAGUGGUGUUGUUCACCGUUCGGUGUAUAAUCAUGGGCUGUUUAGAAAACUUUCAAAGUUAAACAGAAAUACAUGGGAGCUUAAAAUUCGUUCCUUGUGUAGCAUAUCGAGAGCGGGUUUCGAAGAUUAUGAAAAAGAAAGAGCAACGUGGAAUGUCACUAUACCAGAAAAAUUCAAUUUCGUUUCGGAUGUUAUGGAUGUGUGGGCUCUCAAAGAAAAAGAUGGUGUGAGAGAUAAAUCGAUACCUGCAUUUUGGUAUGUGUCUGAGAGUGGCAAGGAACUGAAGUGGAGUUUUCAAGAAUUGGAACAAGAAACGAAGAAAGUAGCCAAUGUUUUGCAAGAAAAAUGUGAUGUCAAACAUGGAGAUAAUAUUGUAGUUAUGCUGCCGAAAAUCCCAGAGUUUUGGAUCGUAAAUUUAGCCGCUAUUAGAAUAGGUGCAGUUUUGACUCCAUUCAGUAUGAUGCUCAGAACUAAAGAUAUUUCUUUCAGAUUUCAAACAUUUAAGCCUGUGUCUAUAAUUGCUCAUGAAUCUGUUGUGGAUACCAUUGACCAAGUAGAAGUUUCUUACCCCAAUUUGAAAACAAAAGUUGUCAUUUCAGAAUCUGCUAACAGGAAAAAAGGGUGGCUCAAUUUUCAUCAACUUAAAGACAGCGUUUCGGCUGAUCACAAGUGUGCUGAUACUAGAAGCGACGAAAGCAGUAUGGUCUUUUUCACCAGCGGGACAACGGGACAGCCAAAAAUGGUGGAACAUUCUCAUUCUAGUUACGGAUUAGGACACUUGACCACUGGAAAACAUUUUUUGGAUUUAACAAGUAACUGCAUACUAUGGAAUCUCAGUGACACUGGUUGGGCAAAGACUGCUUAUAGUGGCCUUUUUGCACCCUGGUUAUUCGGAUCGUGCGUAUUCGUGCACGGCAUGCAGCGAUUUUCUCCGUUUCGAACUCUACAGAUUCUGUCUAAAUAUCCUAUUGACACGUUUUGCGCGCCUCCAAUGGCAUAUCGAUCAAUGGUCCAGGAAAACCUGAAAGAAUAUCAUUUUCCUAAAUUAGAACUCUGUGCUAGCGGAGGAGAACCUGUGACUCCUGAGGUCAUUAAAUCAUGGCAAAAUGGUACAGGCUUAAAAAUAUAUGAAUUAUAUGGGCAAACUGAAUUGGUGGUUACUGUAGGUAUGUGUAAAUGCAUAGACUACAAACCAGGGUCCUUGGGAAAACCAUCUCCCGCACUAGAUGUCGUGAUUUUGGAUAAGAAUGAAAACGAACUCGGUCCUGGUGAGAUCGGGGAAAUCUCACUGAGGAAAAGAGAUGGAAAGAUUUUUGGUCUGUUUAUGGGAUACAAAAACGAGCCAGAGAAAACAAAGAAAAAUCUUACAGAGAAUUAUUUUCAUACUGGAGAUGUGGGCUACUAUGAUAACGAAGGAUAUUUUUGGUUUAUUGGAAGAAACGAUGAUAUUAUCAAUUCGGCAGGAUAUCGAAUUGGUCCUUUCGAAGUCGAAAGUGCUUUGAUGGAGCAUCCAGCUGUAGUUGAAGUAGCUGUGACUAGUAGUCCAGAUAAGGACAGAGGUGAGGUUGUGAAGGCUUUUAUUGUUCUUAAAGAGCAACCUUCAUCAGAAGAAGAAAAGUCCAGAUUGAUAAAGGAGCUUCAAGAUCACACUAAACGUACAACUGCACCUUAUAAGUACCCCAGAAAAAUUGAGUUUUUGCAAGAACUUCCCAAAACAGUGAGUGGAAAAAUAAUGAGAGUUGAAUUAAAAGAAAGAGAAUGGAAGAAAUCAUAAGUGUGAACCAAAAUAACAAGUGUUUUAAUGAAAGCCAUAUGGAAAAGAGAAAAUGAAUAUGGAAAAAAAUGAAGAAAAAAACAUUAGUUUUCCUAAUAAAAAAAUCAGUUUUGUUUAUAUCUGUAUGACUUUUCUCUACAUAAAAACGAA